CUCUCUCACACAUGCACAGCGGGAGAGAGAAAGGGCGACAGCAGAUCACAGUCUUUGUUAUUACACAUUCAGUCAAUGAUCACCACAGACCUCAGAUCUCAUGGGAGCUGAAAUGUCGCUGAUUCCCACAUUUUGACAGAAGUAUCGCUGUUCACGUUCAUCGCUGUACGAUCGUGUGUUGUAUUUUUAUUUGUAUGCGGGUGAUGUAAUAUCGCGCUGCGCUGUAUGGUGCGUCUGCCAUCUGGACUAUCGCCGCUAGCUCGCUAGCAUAAGGCUAGCUGAAAAUAAAAGAAUAAGUGACUGAGGAGGAAUUAAAUCCCGUUUCCAUGGACAACACGUCCAUUAUUACCCAGGUAGCAAAUCCAAAGGAGGAAGAGAUCCUUUCUUCUUGCCAUGAAAAAGUUUCCCAGUCAAACAGCAGUUUAAAGAAACACAGGAACAGAAGCAUCUUCAGUCCGUUCUUCUGCUGUUUCCGGGACUAUAAUGUGGAACCACCAGCCACCAACAACAAGACCUGCUCCCUUCCUCCACCUGCAGAGGAGAACAACAGUCCUCCAAAGCCUCCAACUAAAUACCUCCUUCCUGAGGCCAGCAUUAAUGACUACGGCAAGAACUGUGUGGUGAUCGACCUGGAUGAGACCCUCGUGCACAGUUCCUUCAAGCCCAUCAGCAAUGCAGACUUCAUAGUUCCUGUGGAGAUUGAUGGGACGGUUCAUCAGGUCUACGUGCUGAAGAGGCCUCAUGUGGAUGAGUUUCUGCAGAAGAUGGGGGAACUGUUUGAAUGUGUUCUUUUCACAGCCAGUUUAGCGAAGUACGCUGACCCUGUAGCGGACCUGUUGGACCAGUGGGGCGUGUUCAGGGUGCGGCUUUUCAGGGAAUCCUGCGUGUUCCACCGGGGAAACUACGUUAAAGACCUCAGCCGACUGGGCCGGGAGCUCAACAAGGUCAUCAUAGUGGACAACUCACCUGCCUCCUACAUCUUCCAUCCAGAGAAUGCUGUGCCGGUGCAGUCGUGGUUCGAUGACGUGACUGACACAGAACUGCUGGACUUACUGCCACUGUUUGAAGGCCUGAGUAAAGAGACAGACAUUUACAGUGUGUUACAGAGCCUGAGGGCCAGGUAACACAGGGAUCCAGCGCUGUCUCGCUCAACCACACUCGCAAACAAACAAUAAACACCAUCUCAGGCCGAGACACCAUUCACCUCUGGCCUCUAGAGGACAGCAGUGACCCAGCAAAGCAGAAAAGAGCCAUCAAUGUCCCAACACAGCAGAGAUGACACCUCCUUCCUCUGAUAUUCACUCUCAGUGGACCAAUGGCCAAUAAUAUUUCAACAAAUACAGGGCAGUUUGCUUCCAAAUUUAAUGCAGAAAACAAAGCAAACAGCGAGUCGUUUUAUUAAAAACGUAUAUUUAAUGUAUUAUCCUCGAGUUCUUUAGCAGGAUAAACAACACAGCAAGCUAUUUUUGGAUGGGUGAAUACACUUUUCCACUCUUCUGUUCAGGCUAUGCAGGCAGGCUCUCCGCAGCAUCAGUAGUUCCAACAACUGUGAUAUUUUUUUCUCCUCUCUUACCAAAUGAAGUGCCUUCUGACUGUUGUUUUUACAAACAAGGACACAAAUGCGUUUUUUGUAUGUUGCAUAUCUGCAACAAAUUCGAAACCUUUAAAUAUUUACUGUAAGUCCCAGGUGAAAUGAGAGUCUAUCUUUUAAAAUGACUGAAGAAGGAGCUUCUACAGUGGACUGCAUAGUUAUCGGGCGAAGUAUAAUUCCGCUAUUUUAUGGGGUUCUUUUAUGCCUUUGAAAAUAAAGCAUACUCUAUAAGGUAAAAAAAUCUAUUUGAAUUACCCAAUUGUGAUUUGAAUUAAUGAUACAGCAUAUAUUCUGAAAAAGACAAAUGUUAAUCUACAAUGCAGUAUGUCAGGAACAGAAGCAAAUAUUCAUCAUUAUCAAAAUAAAAGAUGCAAACAAUUUC